AUGUCAGCGGGUGUCAAUUGCAAGUUCAACCACGUUGCCCUCUCCGUGGAUAAUUGCGAUGCAGCUGCCAAAUGGUACAUGGAGACACUCGGAUUUCGCCGAAUCAUCCCCAAUGCCACCAUGCACAGGACCCAAGACCCAGACGGCAUCGUGUUUCGUGUCUAUGGCGACGACCUCCACCAUGUCAAGGUCGCCUAUUUAGGGACGGGAAACCAGAUAGGCAUUGAAAUAUUCGAGUUCAUCGAUCCGAACUACCGAGGAGGCACAACUACAUCACCAACUCCGUUCAAUCCACAAGCCUGGACGCAAGGUGGAUUCUUUCACAUAGCCGUGACCGCACCAGAUCCCGAAGCUCUAGCGAUGAAAGUCGUCCAGGCCGGUGGGAAAGAAUUUGGCCAGGCCGUCAUUUUACCAAAUGGAGAACAGGCGAGAUACGUUCAGGACCCAUGGGGCAAUGUGUUUGAGAUCUGCUCUACAGAUUUUGAUUCCUUGAUCACUCCUCGAUAG